GCAAUCUUUGGAAGAUCGGAGUAGUGAAAGUGUUGAAUCGGAGGAAGAUAAGGCCAGCUCAGGGGGACCAGAUAUUAUCAAAACAUAAUAUCUCUGAGAACAGCAGAGAGAAUAAUAAAGGACAUGGCUUUCGUGGUGGUUUGAGGUCUGGCUCAAGGGUUGCACCACGCAGUGACGACGGUGAUGAUUCUUCUGAUCCGGCUGUGAAGAAUUGUAAAGAUGAUGUUGAUGAGAGCAGGAAAGACAGCGAGGAGCUGUCUUUGAUACGUGAGCAGCUUGCUAUGAUUGAGAACCAGCAGUCCAGUCUCUUAGACCUACUUCAGAAAUUCAUGGGAAGCUCACAGCGUGGGAUCCAGUCUCUGGAGUCUAGAGUAAGCGGUCUAGAGAUGGCUUUGGAUGAAUUAUCAUGUGAUCUUGCCGUUUCAAACGGGAGGGUCCCUAAGAAUAGUAGCUGCGGAGGAGAGAGUUGUUCAAAACUACGUGGUACAGAGUUCUUAAGCCCCAAGUUCUGGAGAAAAACCGAGGAGAGACCAAUGCAGACACGGACCAGAAACACAUCAAGUGAAAUGGCUGCUCAGGAGAACAGUUUUGACCAGGGAAAGAGAGAUAUGAACAACUUCGGCCAAAGGGGAAGUGGUUCUGUUUACCAGAAGAGAUCAGCAAGAAACCAGUUUCAAGACUCUAUGCAUACUUUGAUUUUAAAGGUCUGCUUUUGUAUUUUUCAGAUUAUCUACUUGAGGAGUGCACUUGAGUGAUUCUAUUUUUAUUUUAUUUUUGUUGAGGAAGAGGGUGAUGUGAGGAUUGAAGCACAAUAGAAGCUGACCAGACUGAUUGAGAUUAAUUGUGCAAAGCCAGCUCUCAGGAUUUGAGCAAGUUUAUGUUUUUUUUUGUGUGUUUGGACCUACCAGACACAGGUGACAUGAAAGACUCUCUACGCGAGCAAAUUACCAAGUAUACGUUUUUCUUUCUUCUGCUACAAUUAAAAUGUUUUAGUCUUAUUCAUUUUGUUGGAUGACUAUUUUUUCUUAUUCAUAUCACAUGCCAAAUAGAGUUAUAGGCCGAAGUAAUGGCCACAUUUUCAGCUUCGUAUAAUUAUAAUUAGUAGUGAUAAGCGUUUUUGUUUGUUA